AAAAAGGCUUCUCUUCCGCUUCACUACAAACUCCUCUGUUCCUCCCCCACUACAAAUUCACACCCACCCCUUUCACGUUUCUCUCUUGUUCACUCCUUUCUUCCACACAUCUCCCCUUCUCAGCUCAUCCAUCUUCAUGGGUUUCAACUCCAUAUCUUCUCUUCCAUCUUAAAUCUCUAAAAAGAAGUUUCACUUAAUCCAAACCCUGCUUCUCUGUUCUUCCUCUGUUCCAGUUUAUAUCUCUGUUUUUUCCCGUUUUAAUCCCACAAAAAGUCCUUUCUUUCUCCCUCCCUUCAUUUCAUAUAUCUGCUUUUUGCAAUCCCUUCAGAAAAAAACCUCCUCCAUUCUUCCCUGUUUCAGUCUGAAAAAAAGGGCAACGGAGAGGAAAAAAAAAACACUCUUCUGUUCUUCUCCUGUUUCAGUUCAUAUAUCUUUUUUUUAAUUUUUUUUUGUGACAUUUUGAUUGAAAACCCAACUCUUCUCUUCCCCUGUUUCAGUUUCUAAUCUCAGUUUUCUCACAGUUGAAUGCCAAAUCCAAGUCCUCUGUUUCUCCCCUGUUUCAGCUCCUAUAUCAGCUGUUCAAGUUAUCUGUUCUUCCCCUGUUUCAGUUCCUCUGUUUUCUCACAUUUUAACUGUGGCCAACAUGUCUUCCAGUGUGUGCCAAGGGUUGCAAUCAUGCCUGGAGCCCCUGAUAAUCGAACCACGUGCUUCAAAGCUCAAAUUGGCUCCACCAAAACCCAACUUUUCAGAGUCAUUUCGAUUGUCUCCCCGGCAUUGUUUGCCCUGCUCUGACCUCCGAAAACCCGAAGAGCAGCCUGUUAAUGAAGAAAACAACAACAGAAGCAGCAAAGGUGUCGAUGAUGUUGACCUAGAAGGCCACAAAAAUGGUAAAUUGGGUGGUUGGGACUUCAUCCAAGCUCUCACCAACACUUCCAACACCUACAAGGAAGCAUUUGACAAUGAAAAAGCCUAUGUUCACCCUCUCAUGAAGCGCUCCACAUCCAUGAUUCUAAACCAAAAGGGCUUGGAAAUGUGCACAGAGAGUUUAGGCAGCGAAACAGGCAGUUACACCAGCAAAAGUAACGAUGAAGAUCCUUUGCUCGCACUAAAGAGUGGGAAGAUAUUCACAGCGCGGGAGCCAUCAAAAGAACCCGAAAUUGGUGUGACUAGGAAGACGAAUGGCAGCAGAAGCUUUCCACCCCCUCUAUCGUCUAUCAGUAGCUUGGACUGUGUCCAAGUAAGGCCUCACCGGGUGGGCGGUCGCCUGGUUAUAAAGGCAGUCAGUGUCGGCACAUGCCAUACCUACUUUCAUGCUGAGCGCGGCGAUGGCAGGCUUAGGCUUCGGUUUUUGAAGGGCUGCUCUCAGAAUUUUGACCAUGAAGAUGAUGAAGACGAUCAUGAAGAUGAAUUUUUCGAGGAAGUUGAAGAUUUUGAAGGUGGAGAAGAGGAGGAAGAAGAUGACUAUUAUGAAGAUUGUGAUGAGGAUGAUGGUGACUCCCUGUACUGGUGCGAGGACAUAGAAGGAAAAAGUGGGAAUGUUGGGGUUGAAAUUGGAAUAGAAAAGUUGCAAAGGCCAACAAGGUGUAUGAAAGGUGGUGGGCAUGGGGGCAAUAGUCUUUUGAAUUGGGAGACCCUUUGGGUUGCCACUUAGGGUUCUUUGGAGAACCCUUCCAUAUGAUUUACUACCAUCAUUUUGUCCUUUCUAAUUACUAUCAUUUUCUUGCUUUUGUCAUAAUUCUCUCAUUUGGCUC